GGGACCCUUGAGGGAGAACAGUAUGUCUCCCAAUCCGCACUGGAGAAAUACAUGGGCGUCAGCGAGGGCAAACACACCAUCGGCCUGGGACAGACGAACAUGAGUGUCUGCGAUGAUCGCGAGGGUAUGCUUCAGUCAUCCUAACCCUAUUCCUCUCCAUCCUGCUCUGUCGAUCGGGAUACUACCUACCCACAAGUCGUUCCGGGGGAGAACCCCCGGACCCCCCUUCCUUUCAGCUUCCUGGUCACUCCCCACCCUCAGCCCCAGGCAAGAUUCACAAAGACUGAAAAAAAAUAGACAUCAACAGCCUAGCCCUAACAACCGUCUCUCACCUCCUCACCCACCACGCCAUCCCCCCUACCUCGAUCGGCUACCUCUCCGUCGGCACCGAAUCCCCCCUCGACCGCUCCAAAUCCACCAAAACCGUCCUCAUGCAGCUCUUCCACCCCUCCAACCCGGACAUCGAGGGGGUCGACACCUCCAACGCCUGCUACGGCGGCACCGCCGCGCUGUUCGCCGCGGUGGCCUGGCUCGAAUCCUCCGCCUGGGACGGGCGGGACGCGAUCGUCGUCUGCGGGGACAUCGCCGCGUACCGGCGCGAGGAUGCGGCGGCGCGCCCGACAGGCGGGGCGGGGUGCGUGGCGAUGCUGAUCGGGGCGGAGGCGCCGGUGUGUCUGGCGGGCCCGCGCGCCUCGUACAUGCGGCAUGCGUGGGACUUCUUCAAAGCGGACUUUGCGCGGGAGGGCCCCUUUGUGGAUGGCCCGGGGUCCGGGAGGUGUUAUUUGGAGGCGGUGGAUGCGUGUUACCGUUCGUGGUGCGAGAAGGUGCUCCGGGAGGAGGGGGAGGAGGAGGGGGCGGAGCAGAGCGGGCCGGGGACCGGGGGCAGACAGGUUGGCAUCGAUGCGUUCGAUUACUUCCUCUUCCACGCGCCGAACUGCAAGCAAGUGGCCAAAGCGUACGCCCGGCUGCUGUGGAAUGACUUGCUGCGCGCGGGCGAGAGCAUCCUCCCCCCGGAGCUGCGGGGGCUGGUCGACGGCGACAGGAAGGUGGAUGACGAGAGCACGCGCGCGAACAAGCCGCUGGAAAAGGCCCUCAUGCAGUUGACGCAGGCCCGCUUCGAGCAACGCGUGAGGCCCGGGUUGCUGCUGCCCGCCCAGUGCGGGAAUAUGUACACCGCUAGCUUGUACUCCGGGCUGGCCAGUCUGUUGGCUUCGGUCCCCAGUGAGCAGCUCCAGGGGAAACGCAUCGGGAUGUUCAGCUACGGGAGCGGGCUGGCCAGUUCCCUGUUCACGGUGACGAUCAGGGGGGAUACGAGUGGCAUGGCGCAGCGGUUGGAUCUGCACAGGCGGCUGGCGGCGCGGGUGUCCGUCGAGCCCGAGGUGUGGGAUGAGAUGUCGCGGCUGCGCGAGGGGGCGUACCAGCAGAAGGAUUAUGUGCCCAAGGGAGAGGUGGAGGCGUUGCUGCCGGGGACGUAUUAUCUAAAGUAUGUGGAUGCGGUGUUUCGGAGGGAGUAUGAGGUUAGGGUUUAGCUGGAUGGAUGGAUGUGUACAGUGUCGGUGGAGCUACAGUAGUGAGCAAGCACAGGAUAGUGGAUUGGAUCUUGGAGAGUAUACUGUCGCUUUCCUCCAUGCAACUAUCACCAAAUUAAUGGUUAAUAUUUGUGGAAAGGUGGAUGGUGGCAGGAAUGCUACACACCCUGCGAAUCGCUGGAUAUCUGGCCGAAGUACUACUCCGUGCGACGGACCAGCAGGGUUUCCCCAACAUUAGCUUGUCGAACCAGGUUUCCGCCCGACUGCACAAAACAGGAUGAAGCGUCUGAUUUAAUUCGUGGUAGCGAGUAGAUACUGCAGAUAUGACAGGCCAGCCAGGGAUUCCAUCCAUGGUUCAUCGAAGAAGGUCGAGUCUCUUGACGUCAGGAUGCGAAGGUCAAAGUCGACUUCACUGCUCUUCAAAGA